GGCAUUUUUGAUUGGCAGUCGGAGCCGGGAACGCGAGGCGGUCCAUGGUCUUACUUCACCGAGAGCCUGGGAAAGCGAAAUGGAGGGGUGUGUGUCUAACCUUACGGUCUGCAAUCUGGCCUACAACGGGAAUCUGGAGGAAUUGAAGGAGAAGAUCUUGGCCGAUAAAUCUUUGGCUACUAGAACUGACCAGGACAGCAGAACCGCAUUGCAUUGGGCAUGCUCAGCCGGACAUACAGAAAUUGUUGAAUUCUUGCUGCAGCUUGGAGUGCCAGUGAAUGAUAAAGAUGAUGCAGGUUGGUCUCCUCUUCAUAUUGCUGCUUCUGCUGGCCGGGAUGAGAUUGUAAAAGCCCUUCUGGGAAGAGGUGCUCAAGUGAAUGCUGUCAAUCAAAAUGGCUGUACUCCCCUACAUUAUGCAGCUUCCAAAAACAGACAUGAGAUCGCUGUCAUGUUACUGGAAGGCGGGGCUAAUCCAGAUGCUAAGGACCAUUACGAGGCUACAGCAAUGCACCGGGCAGCAGCCAAGGGUAACUUGAAGAUGAUUCAUAUCCUUCUGUACUACAAAGCAUCCACAAACAUCCAAGACACUGAGGGUAACACACCUCUACACUUAGCCUGUGACGAGGAGAGAGUAGAAGAAGCAAAACUGCUGGUGUCCCAAGGAGCAAGUAUUUACAUUGAAAAUAAAGAAGAAAAGACACCCCUGCAAGUGGCCAAAGGUGGUCUGAGUUUAACACUCAAGAGAAUGGUGGAAGGUUAAGCAACUUGGAUUUAUUCUUUGUAUGUUUUGUGGUUGUCCCCAGUGUCCUGGAAACUAAUGUACUUACGCACAAGAUAUCAUCUCUGAAUAAUGAAAUUUUUUUCACCUUCAAAGUCUUAUAAAUAUUUUGAAGAUUGUUCUUGCUGAGGUAUUCGUUCUAAACUUACAGUUUGCUUUCCAGGCAUUGAAUAACUGUUGAGAUUGUUUUACUGUGUUGUAUAUUAUUCCAUAUUGAAUUUUGGUUAAUUUGGAGUAAGUAAUUCUGUGGCUGUUAUGAGUCUCCAGCACCCCAUCCCCCACACCUUCUGUCUCCCUCUGAGGCAGAACAACCCCAAUAACAUCAGGCCAGUUGUCCUGCCAAAUGUUGUUAGGUGGAUUCUAGAAUGUUCCUUCUGUAUAGUUGAAACACAUCCUAACUCAUUUUUCAAGUUCACCCAGAAGCCUGUACCAAAUAUUUCUGUUUUUUUCAACAGUACAUUUAUUUUUGCUAUAAGGAAUACUUAUAUAUUUUAGAGGACCAAAUUUUCAGUUGGAGGGCCUGCUAUCCAAGUUUGUCAUUCAUAAACACUAAAAUAAUAAAAAAUGAUAGCCCAUGUAUCUUAUUAAUGAGCCGUUUCUCUCCAUGAAAUGUAUUGUUUUUAAAAAGGAAGUUUUAAAGUACCUAUAUUAAGUCGUCCUGUAUUAAAAGGAAUGUCAUGCUUGUUAACACGCAAUGUAACAAUGUAUUUUGACUUGUAUUUCAGAAACUGAAAACAAAUUGUUGAAUCUCCAAAUUUUUCUUUCAAAUCAGUUAAACUCCCACUUAAGCCUUAAAGUCCUUCCUUUAUAAAGACAUUUUUCAGUUUCUAGUAACUCUAACGUCAAUAAAAUUAGUGAGGCUUGACCUGCAGCUAUAAUCUUUAAAAUAGUAAUCUUCUGAAUUGCUAAUUAAAUGUGGAGUAAAAGGAAAUUAAUAAGUAUAAACUUGAUCUCAAUUUAAGGAGAUAUCCUAAAUGAUUGCUAGUCAUAAAAUCUAAUGACCUCCAAGUGACUCUUCAAAUUAUUUUUUUAAUUUGAAUUUUAUGCUGCAAAUAUUGCUUAAAGUAAGUGAGCCCACAAACUUUCUUUAAUUUUGGGUCAGAGACUUAGUGACCAGUAGCUAAAAUGAGUUUUGUCAACAAACUAUGGUUUUGAUAUGCAAACCCUUUUUACAUAAAUAUUUUGAGUGCUGAUCUUUACAAAUAUUAAUCAGGGAAGCAGCUUCUUAAUGGAACUAAACUUUGUUUAUUGAAUAUCAGGGAUAGAAUUGAUAAUAGGGAAAAUAAUUUCUUUCCAAUAUUUUUUAGCAUGAUUAAAGUUGUCUAAGGUAAUAAACUUUGUGGUGUAAAAAGAAAA